AUGCAGUCCAUCCACCAGAUCGCCUCCCGGGGCGUCCUUGCUGCCCGCGGCCUGACUGAUGGCUCCAACCCCGAGACGCUCAUCAACGUCAUGAUUGCUCUGCUCAGCUUGGUCUUUUUCGGCUUCGUCCUGGCCGCCAUCCUCGUCCUUCUCCGCCGCAUGCGCAGACGCAAGCAGAUGCAGAGCGAGGUGCUCCCUCAGUACAGCGACGUCAAGCGCAGCGGUAACCACCGCCGCCUUACUAUCCAGACCCAGAACGGCCGGCACAGCGUCGUCGUCUUCAAGGACGGCCAGCCCAUGUUGGCAAACCCCAGCUCUCCCCCUCAUUCGCCCGACAACGUUCCCGAGAUCCACAUCACCUUCCCCGACGAGCAUGACGAGCACGGUCACUCCAAGAGCGGCCGUGUCGUCGUUGUCCGCGUUGGUGACACCACCGUUGGCAUGGAGCCCCUGGAGGAACAGCUCCCUGCCUACGAGAAGGAGAGCAAGUCUCAGUUCUACUCGAUCGACAUUGAGAAGAUCGGUGGCCUCAAGGAGAAGGAGCGGUCCGAGUACCAAUAA